AUGGGCAAAGAAUUCUUCACCGGCUGGGAGCUGUGGCAGAAGAUGACUUUCGUUCUCGCCUGUGGUAUUGUUGUGACCGUCUUCAUAGGUCUUAUCAAACUGCAAUAUGAUCGCUAUCGCAUCAAGAAGUACACCGCGGUCGAGAAGGGCAAACAGGCCGCGCCAACGCCCGAGAUGCUGGAAGCACAGCGCGAAGAAACCAAAGACGACGUGCCGUUUGGCAUCCGCGCCAUCGAGAGCGGUAUCGAGAUUGACGGUGUUUGGAUCUCCCGCAGCAACACGCCCGUUGGUAGCAGCCGCUCAUCCAUGACCGAUUUCAAGCUGCCGCGCAGCUACAACAGUUCUCAGCUUGAGCUUCCCCAAGCGCUUCCCCCGAGCAACUCUAGCUCCAAGGCACCCAGCUCCUUCGACAUGGCUGUCGGCGCUGAACGUAUACCCACGAAUGAGUCUCGUUCGACGUCGCCCGGUCGCGGCCGACCACCAGUUUCAAUGAACAGAUACAGUCAGCAUGUCAAUAGGACCUUGAACGCACUCGAGGGAGGACCUUCUUCUGGACCCUCUUCUUCGCGCCGCGAACCUAUCAGUGACCAGCCCAGCUCUAGCAGCUCCCGCGAAAACUCUGGCAAAUCGAGCCGUCGGACGAGCGACGAGUCCGAAUACCCUGAUGGCCGACCAUACGAACCCGCAUACAUCAACCCCAAGCAGCAAUCGCACUACAUGCCCGUUGACCCGCGCACUGAUCUGGAUCUGCUUCAAAGCCACCGCAUGUCUCACGUUGCCGAGACUGGACAGCUUACCCCACGGCCACGGUUCAGACCAGGUAAUAGCGGAGAAUGGGCCAGCAUCGCGGACACUCCGAAGCUCCCUGAGGAGAUUGGAACGGUCAAUGGUGUUGACUAUUUUGUGCCUCAACAGAAAUCUCAUUCGCCUCCUGCAGCUCAGGCUGCUACUCCCCAAGACGUCUCGCCAGCCACGGAGAGCCCUUCCGCCAAUCAAACCAAGCAAGCCGUUCCUCUACUUGAAAGCUAUGCACCACGGCCGUUCUACCUCCCCGAUGUCUAUCAGCCAAAAGGCCCACAGCAUCAAUUCUCGUACGAUGAGAUGCCGAUCCAGGUGAACACUUCGCAGAAUGAACAACGCGACGCGAACGGCCAGGUCCUCCGCAAGGUCAACUCUGGCUUCGAGAUCCUCCGACCGGGGACACUACCGACCCCAGAGGAAGAACAGCCUGCGCCUGUCGAGAAACGCCAGUCGAAGCGCCUUCAAAAGAAGCGACGAACCUCUAGCUCCGGUUCAAGAACCUCUCACUUUGUUGAGCAAGUCUAG